UGUACGUGGUAAAAUAAAAUGUUUAUAAAAAUAGUUUAAACAAUAUUUGGUAUGGAGCCACCAAGAGGUCAUCAAGAUUUGUCUUUAAGUCAUUUAAAUAAAUCACCAUCACAGUCUCAUAAAAUUCAACCGACAGUAUCAUCACUAGAAAAUCAAUAUCACGAUGUUUGCAUAUCAGAAACUGGCCACGAUAUUCUUCGACCAAAACCACGAAGACCUGGAGGAGAUACUAGAGAAAUUUAUUGUUCAGGAUAUUCAAAGGACAUACAAGAGACACAAAAAUCACAAAAUAUUGUUCACAUGAUUGCAGAAAGAGAUACUGAUAGUAUGACAAGAACACCAACACCACAGCAUCCUCAUCAAGGACAACAUCAUCAUUUGAGUCUUCAUGAAUUACGUGUACUUCAACGUCGACCAAAUGAUUGUACUGGUAAUAGUUCAUCAGAUGAAAAUCGUUCAUCAGGUCAUGCAAGUAUGUCAGAUACAGGUGGUCAUACAAGUAGUAGUUCACCACCUCAUGGACAUCAUCGUAGUAAUAGUCCACAACAAUUAAAUUCAGUUCCAGAAGAUGACAGAUUAUCAGCAUCAGUUACACAAAGAAAUAGUAAAAAUAGAAAUGGACAAAAUCGUAAUCGACAUAGGGCAACACCAGCAAAAUUACAGGUACCUUGGUCUGGUUCCGGUUUAGAAGAUAUAAAACUAGCAAUUCAACAACUGACAAUGCGUUCCCAUACAUCAACAUCAACAUACUCAUCAUUAAGUGGUUCUGAAAGUUCUGAACCAGCAGUUAGACGUUUAAUGCGUCAUUCAUCUCUUGAAACAAUAAAUACAAAUGUAACAAGUGCUGAUGAAUUUGUUUGGGUUGAUUCACAUAAUCGACUUGUUGAAUUACAACAAUUACCAUGGACACAUCAUGAUGUAUUAAGAGUAUUACAAAAUGGUAGAACACGUGAACAUAUGGAACAAGUAUCAAUGGAAACAAUUCCAAGAUUAUCAUAUUUAAUGCAACGUGCAUUAGUUAGAAUUGGACGUGAAACUCAACGUUUAUCAAAACCAUUAGGUUUAUGUAGUAAACAUGAAGUAUAUAGUUCAUUUAAAAUAUUAUUAUGUCCAGCAUUAGCUGAUUCAUGUACAAAAGCAUGUUUACGUGCAGCAGCAAUGUUUGUUGUAUCUGGUGAUCAAUUAAAACAAUCAAAAUCAUCAAGAUCAGGUUUACAAUUACCAGUUGGUAGAUUUUUAAGAUGGAUGUGUGAUGUUAAACUUGGUAAAAUGAUACAUGAAUAUGCUGCUAUUUAUUUAACUGCUGGUAUGGAAAAUUUACUUGAAGAAAUAUUAUUACAAUGUUUACCAACUGAUACAAAUACAACAUUAACAGCAACAAUGUUAGAACAUUCUAUUGCAAAUAGUGGUGAUCUUUGGGGUUUAUUACAGCCAUAUGCACAUUUAAAUGCUGGUAGAAUUGCAUCUGGUGCAUUAUCAAUGCCAAGAUGGGCAAGUGUUAGUUCAUUAAAUUCAUCAAAUUCAUCAAAAAGUGGAAAAGAACAUGUUGGUGCAACAUUAGAAUCAUCAUUAUUAACAACUUGUGUUGGAUCAAUGGGAGAAUUAAUGGAUUUACUUGGUAGAAUUGCACAUGCUGGUAAAUGUCCAAUACCACUUACAAAUAAAGCAUUACAUGCAUUAUUUUAUUAUAUGAGAUGUUCACAAUUAGAACAUGGUGAAAGAGGCUCUGGUAUACAAGAGCUAUCAUAUGAACGUGCAUAUGUUGUUCUUCCUCCACUUGUUGAAUGGUUAAGAGUAUCAACAUCACAUGCUGAACAUCGUCAUAGUUCAAUACUUGAUCAUGAUGAUAUUAAUCAAGCAGCAAGACUUCUUUUACCUGGUGUUGAUUGUCCUGUACGUCCAAUAUUUUUUGAAGAACCACAUUUAUCAAAACGUAUUGAUGAUCAAGAUUAUCUACGUCGUUUAACACUUGAUAUGGGAUUUAAAUUAUUAUUAAGUUCACGUCCAGAAUUAAUAUCACAAGCUUUAGCAUAUUUACCAUCAACAACAAAAAUAAAUACGCUAAAUGAUAGUGGCUUAACAGCAUUAAUGCUUGCUUGUAUAAUGGCUAAUGAAAAUUCAGUACAAACAUUAUUAGAUUGUGGUGCUGAUCCAAAUAUUGAAAGUCCACCACCUGUAACUUCUCAAUCAUCAACAACAUCAGUUAAAGGAUCAUUAUCACCAUCUCUAUCAUUAUCAUCAACAUCAUCAUCAUCAUUAAUAAAUUCUAAUGGACAUUUUAUAACAAAUAAAAAUCAAUCACAAUUAAAUAUAUCAUCUUCAUCAUCAGCAUCAACAACAUCAUCAUCAUCAUGUCAUCAAGGUAUAACAACAACAACAACAUCAACUACAACAACUUGCUCAAAUCAAAAUAGUUUUAAUGCUGAAACUCAACAUUGGACAGCAUUAACAUAUACUGCUUUACUUGGUCAUUGUAAUAUUGCAAGAAUUUUAUUAGAAAGAGGUGCUGCUGUUGAAGGUGGUGCUAAAUUAAGUGAAGAAAAAUGUACAGUAACACCAUUACAAGUUGCAUCAGCAUCAGGAAACAAUGAAAUGGUUGCAUUAUUACUUGCACAUGGUGCACAACCAUUUUUAUCAACAUUAAUAAAAGAUUCAUUUUGUUAUUCUGGAGUUGCACAAAGAGGCUGUUAUAGUGCAAUAUCAGUUGCAACAGCUCAUGGGCAACGUACAUGUUUACAUCAAUUAUUAUCACAUCCAUUAAAUUUUUCCGUUAAAAGAGGAGAAAAAGAAAUAUUAUCAUUAGAAGAAAUAUUAGCUGAAGGUAAUCCAGGUACAAGUCAAAAACCAACAAUUAAUAAUAAACAUUCACAAGAUAUAAAAAAUGGUAAUAAAAAUUGUGAAAAUAAUGAUAUUGUAUUUAAUAAAAAUCAAACAAAAUCAUUACAAGAAGCAAUGUAUCAUAGUGCUGAAAGUAAUCAUUUAGAUAUAACAAUGGAAUUGCGUGGACUUAAAGUUGGAUGGAGUUUACAUUGUUGGAUGCAUAGUCUUUCAACAGCUCAUGAAAUGAGAAUUGAUAAUGUUAUUGAUCAAUUAUUAAAAGAUUUUAUACAAGUAUGUCCUGAUGAUUAUGCGACACAAUUUGUACAAGAAUGUCUUCCAUUAUUAUUUAAUAUAUUUAGAUAUACUAAAAAAGAUGCAACAACAUUAUUAUUAGCUGAUAUAUUUUGUACGUGUUUUGGAUGGGAACCAAUAAAAGCAAUAAGAGAUACAACAUUAUCAAAUGGAUCAAGAAUUGAUCCAAAAUUUGUUAAUAAUCCAGAAUUAAGUGAUGUACAAUUUAGAGUUGAAGGAAAAGUUUUUUAUGGACAUAAAAUUGUACUUGUUACAUCAUCACCAAGAUUUAGAAAUAUGUUGAGUUCAAAACUUUGUGAGGGUAAUCCACCAAUUGUUCAAAUUAAUGAUAUUAGAUAUCAUAUUUUUCAGAUGGUAAUGGAAUUUUUGUAUCAUGGUGGUUGUGCAACACUUGAUGUUAAUCAAAAUGAUGUGCUGGAAUUAAUGGCAGCAGCUAAUUUUUUUCAACUUGAUGGACUUUUAAGAUAUUGUGAAGCACAAUGCUCAACAAUGGUUGAUCAUGACAAUAUUGUAUCAAUGUACAUUCAUGCAAAAGUUUAUAAUGCAGUUCAAUUACUUGAAUAUUGUCAAGGUUUUUUGUUACAAAAUAUGGUUGCACUAUUGACAUAUGAUGACUCAGUAAAACGUUUAUUAUUUGCUAAAAAAUUACCAAAUCAUGAUGUUCUUGCUGGUCUUCUUUUGACACUUCAAGCAAGAAUUAAAACACGAAAAAUACCAAUGCAAAAUAAAAUUAAACCAUAAAACAGUUAUUCGAGAUUAAAGCAAAUGAAAAACCUUAUUAUUUUUUUUUUUAAACAAGGUUAUUAAAUUUUACUAUUUGAUGUUGAAAAAACAAACAUCG